AUGGAGAAGAACAAGCAGCUCUCUACAAUGGCUGCAGUGCUGAUGUUGCAGCUGGUGUUUUGGCUGACGAUCUCACCAGCACUGAGCUGCCCGUCAGAUGGCAGCGAGUGUAAGGACUGCAUCGUUAAUCAGAUGAGGAACGUUUGCCCAUCAUGCGCACCUGUUCUAAGCUGCAUGGCACGAUGCUUGUGGGGUGGCGCAUCGAAAUCUAAGUGUGUUAAGAGGUGUGAUUGUUAUGGGGGAAAGCCAAGGCUCUCGGAUUGCAAGAAAUGCAUGUCAAGGUGCAAAUGCAGCUGUGAGGCGUAG